AUUGUCACUUCAAAAAUCGCACCGUGAUUGCACCAAACUAUUAUAAGGUCUUGUAUAAGGUACACUGAAAAUACGCCACACUUUUUAGUCAAGUGCCCAAACACUUGAAUGAUUCAAUAAAGCUACAUAUUAGAUCUAAUUUGUUUGUGUUUGAAUUUCAAUCCAAUCCAUUAUCAAAUUCAAGUGUUUUAGCGAUUGACUUUUUGGUAUUUUUUGACACCUUAUUUUCAUUCGGGUGGAUCAAACUUUUCAAGUGUUUUGUUCAUGAAUUUGCCCCACUGUGCUGAACUAUUCAAAGUGAUGAGGAAAACACUUGAAAUUGAUCUUGUUUUGAUUUGAAAUGCAGUUUCGUGACAGCUUCGGCAAACAUUGCUUCGUUUCUUCAUUUGUGUUUUGGCGGUCCGGUGUGUUCGUUUUUCGCAGGCUUGAAUGACCGCGUGAGUUCGCUGCCGCCAUGUUCCUGUCCAGUAAAUUGCUUGCCCGGUUUGUGGCCGCGAAGACGAGCAUCGUCACAAGGCUGUGUCCGUAUGGCCAGCGGAAGGGCUCGGUCUCCCGGACCCGGAAAGAGGCCAACUUUGGCGAUAGAGGUGCUUUCCGCAGAUUUACCCACUUGGAAGGAUGCAAUUGAGCUGCAGAUGCCGUACCAGGAAGCGUUUGAUGAAAUUAAGGAAAACACCCGCCGGGCGCUGGAGAAUCGGUGAGAAGCUGGAUUCGAAUGCAUUCCACCCAGGGGCCAAGCAAUGCGUCAUUCGGAUGGUCAAGGCACAGUUUGAUUCGAUGGAACCGACCGCGGUUCCGAAUCAACAAGAAGAUUCCCCGGGGGCCUCCAUCUCCGCAGAAAGCGGUGGUGGCGAACAACCCGAACCUGAACAGGAGGACGAUCCUGAGAGCAGGGACAACCGGAAGAAGAGACAAUUCAUCAACAAAAAAAAAAAACAAAUUUCCAUUUUUGACAAGCAAAGUUGAUAGAAAA